UCGAGAUCGGUGCCCUUGCGGACAAUCACGUACCGUUACAAUUACAGGCUCACCAUUUGUUACUCGUUACCACUGUUGCUACGGACGGUAUUUACUUACUUACUCAACUGCCCUCUACGCAAACGCUAGUUUGAGAAAUAGUCUAGGCUCGUUCCUUGCCAAUUGCCUGUACUCCUCGUUGCAGAGUGGAGUAGAAUCGAACAAACCGGAUCGAUCCAAGUCAAGACGAAGCCUUUGGGAAACCCCUACUGUUCCUUUCGCAUCGUGAGUGCUUGACAGUGAGUGCUGCUUCUACCAAACAAACACACACACAGACACACACACACACACGUAUACAUAUCCGUAGCUUUAUCCUUCUCAGCAAACCCUUGGUAGAAUGAAGAUCUCCGUCAAGUCUGCCACGCUGGCCCUGUUGAUGGUGCCGACGACGGGAUUCCUCCACGCCCAUCCGGCACGAUCCGUCGAAACGGCCUUUCACGCUCCCACCCACACUACGUGGAAGACUGGUGCCCGUUGGGGACGCACGCCCCGCAGCGGCAGUAGCGGAUUCUCUCCGCAGAGUGCCGGGUCCUACGCCGGGCGCUCGGCCUUUGGUCGCGACUCGACCUACGGAUCCUCCACCAGUGUCGGAAGUGCCACGGCCCCCACCGCCCCCGGAUACUCAUCCAUGCCCGCUAAAGUCUACGCCAACGCGGGUCCCAACCAGAAAUACUCCAUGACCAAAUGGUCGCCGCAGAAUGGCGCUUCCGUCAAUGGAGGCGGCCCAUCGGCGUACAGCUCCAGUAACGGUGUGCCAGCCGGAGGUAACGGAGCCAUGGGCACCGGAUACAAUCCCUCGGCGCAGUCCAACAACGCCUACCAGAGUUCGGCGCCCGCCACUGGCAGUGCGGCUCCCACGUACAGCUCCAUGCCCGGACAAGCCUACGCUGGAUCCGGGCCUCCCAAGAACUACUCCAUGGUCAAGUGGUCGCCCCGUGGCGGUGCCACUGGUGGUUCCAUCGGUACCGGAUACAACCCGGCUCAGCCGGCAUCCGCGGCCUCGUCCAACGAUGCCUACACGGCCCCGAGCACGGGUAGUGGUGCCAAGGGGGCUCCCAGCUACAGUUCCAUGCCCGGACAAGCCUACGCCGGAUCGGGACCUCGCAAGAACUACUCCAUGGUCAAGUGGUCGCCCCGUGGGGGCUCCUCCCGGGCCUCCAACGGUGGAGGUGGAGGCUCUCCUACCUACAGCUCCCUCCCCGGGCAGGCUUACUCGGGAUCCGGCCCCGGCAAGAACUACUCCAUGGUCAAGUGGUCUCCCCAGGGAGGCUCCUCCGUCUCGUCCAACCGUGGUGGAGGCGCGUCGGCCGGUUCUUUGGGAACCGGAUACAACCCCGCGCAACCCACGACGGCUGGUGGUGCUUCGUCCAACGAGUCGUACAGUGCCCCCAGCACUGGUGGAAGCAGCAGUGGCAGCACCCCCAGCUACAGUUCCAUGCCUGGACAAGCCCACGCUGGAUCGGGACCUUCCAAGAACUACUCCAUGGUCAAGUGGUCGCCCCGUGGGGGCUCCUCCCGGGCCUCCAACGGUGGCGGUGCCACUGGUGGUUCCAUCGGCACCGGAUACAACCCGGCACAGGCAGCACCCGCGGCCUCGUCCUACGGAUCCUCCCCUUCCUCGUCCAACAGCAACGCCUACAGUGCACCCACCGGCAAUGCCGCUCCUAGUUACAGUUCCAUGCCGGGACAGACCAACACUGGAUCGGGUCCCACCAAACGCUACGCCAUGGUCAAGUGGUCUCCCCGAGGCGGCUCUGUCGUCUCCUUCAACCGCGUCGGCGGUGGUGGAGGAUCAAUGGGAACCGGAUACAACCCGGCGCAAGCGGCAGCUCCGCCGGCCGCCGCAGCGGCGAGCUACAGCCCGGCGCCUCCCGCUCCAGCCAGCAGUGGCUACGGCAACUUGGCCUCGGAGUGGGCCUCCAUGAACACGGAAAAGGCCAGUCCCGCUCCGGCUUCCUCGGCCUACGGAGGCGGUGCUCCUAGUCCCGCUCCUGCGCCGGCUCCGGCCCCCCGAUCCGGAAAUGCCUACGGUAAUUUGGCCGCCGAAUGGGGCAGCAUGAACCAGGGCGACUCGAGUGCGGCCUUUUAA